GCUCUCCAGGCGUGGGUUGUCCGCCCCCGUCCGCGGCUCGCGGGGCGCGGAGCCGGCGGGAGCAUCGCAAGUAGGCGGCCGCGGCGCGGCAGCCCGAGCCGCUCGCCUCUCGGCGUCCUCGGCCCGUGCCCAGCUGGAGUCGCCAGGGAGGGGACCAUGGUGUUGGGCCAGGAGGACGUUCGUAAUUCCUUGCAAUUCUGAGGCACAAAAGUAGGUGAGACUGCUUUUGUAGCUGCGAAGUGCUUCACUCCUGAAUGUAAUUCUAGCUGAGUGCAAUCUAGGUUAAGAGCCGGACAAGCGGGUAAUUAGAGCCCGCUUGCUGCCCGAGGACCGGCCGCCCCACCGAAGCGCGCCCGGAGUCGGCGCCCUUCUCCCGGCCAAGCCGAGCUGCGGCUGGACACGGAGCGCCCGAGAUGAUGGUGCUGGACAAGGAGGACGGUGUGCCAAUGCUCUCCGUCCAGCCCAAAGGGAAGCAGAAGGGCUGCGCAGGCUGUAACCGCAAGAUCAAGGACCGCUACCUGCUGAAGGCACUGGACAAGUACUGGCACGAAGACUGCCUCAAGUGUGCCUGCUGUGACUGCCGCCUGGGCGAGGUGGGCUCCACCCUGUACACCAAGGCCAACCUCAUCCUGUGCCGGCGCGACUACCUGAGGCUCUUUGGCACCACAGGAAACUGUGCCGCCUGCAGCAAGCUGAUCCCAGCCUUCGAGAUGGUGAUGAGGGCCCGGGACAACGUGUACCACCUCGACUGCUUUGCCUGCCAGCUCUGCAAUCAGAGGUUUUGUGUGGGAGACAAAUUCUUCCUGAAGAACAACAUGAUCUUGUGUCAGAUGGACUAUGAGGAGGGGCAGCUCAAUGGCACCUUUGAAUCCCAGGUUCAGUAACGCCCAGCGCCUGGCCAACAGGCCCGUCUGUCUGUCUGUCUGCCUGCCCACCCGGCCGGCCAGUCAACCACUCUGCCAGUGCGGGCCGGCCAGCCGCUCUCCUGCCGCAUUAGAACUUCUCCAUCCUCGAGGGGAGGGGUGUCCCCUCUUCCACCGCCGCCGCCCGUCUGUGUAUGUCCCCCUCCCGGGGCCAGGCUGGGCCUGUACAGUCUGUCUUCUGUAUAUAAAUGGGAACAUUUAUUUUAUGAGAAAUGUAAUGCGAUUUUAUUACUGGCGUGGAUUAAACUUAUGAAUGUUUCCGGGGAGGUUGCUCUGCGUUGUUCAGUUGACUGAUACAGACCUGCGGCCCCCUCCCCUCUGCUUGGGAGAGGGACCAGGCCCUCCCCACUGCCCCCCAUGG